GGCAACCCGACGGCAGAGGGGCACGGAAAAAUGGCAGGGAAAGCCGGCAGCCUCAAGGGCGUCGCCCUCAUCAGCGGCGGUGGCGCCAACAGCACGGUCGCCGGCGCCCUCCACUUCGUCCAAGACCCCUCCACCGGGUACACCGAGGUGAGGGGAAGGCUCACGGGCCUCGCCCCGGGCCUCCACGGCUUCCACAUCCACGCCUUCGGAGACACCACCAACGGCUGCAACUCCACGGGACCCCAUUUUAAUCCGCAUAAUAAAUCCCAUGGAGCACCUAUUGAUACCGAACGACAUGUGGGCGACCUGGGAAACAUACAAGCCAACAAAGAUGGCGUUGCAGAAGUCUUCAUAAAGGACUUGCAGAUUUCACUGAGCGGACCUCAUUCCAUACUGGGAAGGGCGGUUGUUGUUCAUGCUGAUUCUGAUGACCUAGGAAGGGGUGGCCAUGAACUCAGUAAAUCAACAGGAAAUGCAGGAGCCAGGAUUGGAUGUGGUAUCAUUGGAAUCCAGCCUGCUGUUUAACCAAGAGCCAUUGGAGCUUCUCAUGUUGGAACUGUUGCGCUCAGACAAGGAAACAAUGAUGUCGCUGUUCUGGAGUCUGGACACUUUGAACAUUAGUAUAUACAUUUUGAUGCAGUAUUACCAUGAUGCGAUCAUCUGCGCGCUCGCGCGACGGGUGCUGGCGACGAUCCCUUGGACCGCUCGCUAGCAUGCUGUCGGCGUCCUCGCUCCCAGAUGGUGGGAGCUGCUGCUCACGCUCCAGUCGGUGCUUCGUUGGGCUGCUGGGGCCGUGUAACCAACCCUUUUUUCCCUUUUUCCCAUGGAUUGUUUGGGCCUUAAGCCCAUCGGAGCAGCCAGCUUUUUUGUUUCUGUACCUGAUGCUUCACCGUUAUAUCAAUGAAUGGAGGCCUUGUUUA